AUGUUUGUUAACCUUAAAUUGGAUGAUUGUUUGGACAUCAUUGCUGAUGAAAAAACAUCAGACUACAAGGAGAUGGACAACUUACAAGCUGAACAAUUACAGACUGAAGCCAUAUAUGAUUCGCCACUUAAGGACUGUGUGCGUUUAGCGGUGUUUAAAGCAAACACUGAAAAGAAGUCGUACUCAAAAGAGUUAGAAACUAUAAAAAAGAAGUGUAUUAUUAGAAAGAUGUUAACCAAUAAGUCCGAAGAUCGAGACCAGAGUAUCCAGAAGCUGUCAUGUUUGUUAACAGAUCAACAUUGCCGAAACCUCCACAGUCGUCACCAGAGGGCAUUGGAAAAAGUUCAAAAACUUAAUACCGAUGGAUUUUUAUUGAGGACGAUUUCACAGGUUUGUGAACUAUUGAAACAACUAACUGAGGAUGUGGCUUGUAACCCUAACUUUAGGGACUAUAUAAUCCACUUGGUGGAUCUGUGUUCUUGGCCUCCCUGGAUGGAAACCGUGUACGAUAAACAAACAUACUUCUGUGACUAUGUUACACUGUUGAACCUCGUUG